UCAUGUAAGGUGAUUUGUGAUAGUUGACAGUCACAAUCAACAAAUUCGGUCUGUGUAAGGUGAUAGUCAUCUGUGACAAUCACAAUUUUGUGAUUAUUUCCCGUGACAGCUAUUUAGGUGUCACUUUCAUAUGAAAUUGCUAUUAUUUUUUCUAUUGUCUGUCGUGUCUAGUCAAAAUGAAUGUGUUCGUGCCUUUGCCAUUGUUUUUUCCAUCUCAAAAUGCUGAAAAUCAAGAUAUAAAUCGUAAUAGAAAUGUCCGGCUUUUGAGAAUAAACCUCCGGAAUAAAUUUAACGUACUUGAUCUUCCAAAUCCAAAAUUUUUAAAAAACUUUCGAUUAACGAAAGAAACAUUUUUGCAUAUCCUUCACCUUUUGGAAUUGCCAAGUGGAAUUCGCUCAACCCACAUUUCCCCUAUACUCCAGUUAGCCAUAACACUUAAUUUUCUUGGAGGUGGUGCAUAUCAAAGGCAAGUUGGGGCUGACUGGUCAGCUCCCAUAGCCCAGAGUACAGUUUGUGAAGUCAUCUCUUCUACAUUAAAAAAAAUUGAGAGAACAUUGUGUCCCCUCAAAAUAAAGUUUACUCCAUCGAAUUCGGAAGCAACCAAAAGGUACUUUUAUGAGAAGUAUGACAUACCUGGAGUAAUCGGCUGCAUAGAUGGAAGUCACAUUAUGAUUCUCCGCCCAUCAGAUAACGAGCACAUUUAUUUUAAUAGAAAAGGAAGACAUAGUCUAAAUGCUAUGAUAAUAUGUGACGAGAGCAGAAAAAUUCUCUCAAUAAACGCUAAAUAUGGUGGUAGUGCUCACGACAGUUUUGUUUGGAGACAAAGUGCUCAACGAGAGAAGUUAAACGAUCACUUCUGUGCAGGCAGAACAUCAUCGUGGCUUCUAGGUGACAGCGGUUAUCCCUUAGAACCAUUUCUAAUAACACCGUAUAGAAACGCUGCAGAAAAUUCUCCAGAAGCUCGCUUUAACUAUGUACACUCCCAGGCUAGGAGUAUUGUUGAAAGGUGUAUUGGAGUAAUGAAAACUCGAUGGAGAAGUAUCUUAGAAGAAAGAAAGCUGAGAUAUUCCCCAAGAAAAUCAGCACAGAUUGUAAAUGUCUGUGCUGCUCUUCACAACAUUUGCUGCGAGCAUACAGUUCCACUGCCAGAAGCAGUAUUGACAGCAUCACCAUCUGAACAUUCAAAUAACCAGCAAGCUGAAAAUGCAAGGAAUGAAGGAGCAAGAACCAGAAACAGAAUCAGGGAUGACCUGUGGGCAAAGCGUCCAAGACUUUAAAGAAAAGAAACAAAAUAAAUGUAAAUGUAUACAUAGA